AAUGUUAACUGUCAGAGGUGUUAGUUUAGGAAUUGGCAAAAUGAAUCUGUCAGAACUUGAGAAAAUGCCAAAAUCGGACAGAAUAAAACUUGAAAGAUUAAAAAAAGAACAAAAAGCAGCCAAACAACAACAGAAAAAAUUAAUUAUAAAAAAAUGUGUGGACCCGAAGGUGGGGAAAAUAUAAAUAUUUGGGGAUCUUGGAGGGAUUUUACAGAGAAAGAAAGGUGAUAAAAAUAUCUGGUCCGAGACUUAUCCGAUUGCGCUAUGCGACCACUAAAAAGGAACGCGGGUUGAACUUUCACAUCUAACUCCACAGGGUUUUUCGUAUUCAAACAGACUACCAAUGAGCCACAGCGCCCGCUAGAAAUUU